AUGUCAUCAUCCACGAGCGGACCUUUCCACAUCGUGGAACAUGUGGUCCCAGGCCAGUAUAUCAGGGAGUACCCGCAGGCGACAUCCACCUCGCAGGAGGAGACGCUCUACCUGGCCGUGAAGCAAUACAUCCCCCUCGACAACCAGAAUCCGCAACCUGGCGAUGUGACCAUCAUCGCUGCUCACGCGAAUGGGUUUCCCAAGGAACUGUAUGAACCAUUAUGGGAAGAUCUGUACGCCCGGUCAAAGAGCCAAGGGUUCCGAAUCCGAAGCAUCUGGAUGGCAGAUGUCGCGCACCAGGGGCAAAGCGGAGUGAUCAACGAGAACACCCUUGGCAAUGACCCCAGCUGGUUCGACCAUCCCCGGGAUCUUCUCCAUCUCAUCAAUCUGAAGCGCCAUGAGAUGCCUCGUCCGCUCGUAGGAAUCGGACACAGCUUCGGCGGUGCACAUCUAGUGGCUCUUUCUCUAAUGCACCCUCGCCUCUUUCACAGCCUGGUCCUCCUAGAUCCAGUCAUCCAACGCCAGUCCACGCAAGAACCCGCCAGUGGCGACAGAUUUGUCCCUCUGAACACCAUCCUCUCCACCCAUCGGCGAGACAUCUGGCCUUCGCGCAAGGCCGCAGCAGAGAGCUUCAAAAGGAGUCCCUUCUACCAGACCUGGAACCCACGGGUGCUCGAGCGCUGGGUGCAAUACGGCCUCCGGGAGCUCCCAACAGCCAUCCACCGGCUGGACCAGAACCAAACCGCUGGUAACAAUAAUGGUGAUGAUACUGCCGAUCGGCCAGUCACCCUCACGACAACGCGCCACCAGGAAGUCUUCACCUUCUCCCGGCCGAACUACGACUACGACCCGGUCAAGAACCGGCCGGCCAACACCUGGACCCAUCCGGACCUGGACCCGAACGGCCCCAAUGCCUACCCGUUCUACCGACCUGAACCCCUGCGUCUCUUCCACCAGCUGCCACACCUACGACCCAGCGUGCUGUACAUCUUCGGCGGGAAAUCCAACAUGUGCACGCCAGAGAUGUGCAACGACAAGCUCAGCACGACGGGCACGGGCGUCGGGGGCAGCGGCGGCGUGGCAGCGGGUCGCGUGCGGUCCGUACUUUUCAAAGACAAAGGCCAUCUGCUGGCGCAGGAGGCAGUGACGGAGUGCGCUGACGCGACGGCCGAGUUUCUGGCCACGGAGCUGCGACGCUGGAAGGCCGAAGAAGACGCAUUCCAGGCGCAAUGGAGCAAGAAAUCCAAACGCGAAAAAGUCACUGUAGACGAGCGGUGGAUGGCAGAGGUUGGCCCGCCGCCAGCGAGGCCAGGCAGAAAUAACAAUAACGGCAGUUCAAAAUCUAAGCUUUGA